AUGUUGGAACUAGUGGAACUACAUGUCGACAUGGCCCGCCCAGUGUCUAGGGACACCACCAUCGGACACCACCCUCGGCUACUCCACAUUCGAUACAAUCGUACAGUAGGAGGUACCACUAUGUUUCACACACUGCAGCCCGCCAGACCGCAGGUACAGCAAUCGCAGCCACAGAACGCCCACUAUCAACACCAGAUCCGACACAACCCCACUGAAGCUCAACCCGCACAGCUCAUGACAGCACCACGCAGCCAGACCGAAGCCAUGCCGCCGACCAGAACACCGCCAAUGCCUUCAGUACCGCUGCAGCCUGUAUACAACCCCGCCACGACACACCCGGUCUUCUUCAUGAACAGCUUCCGCAAACCGCCCUUCCCGCUACCCCUCGAUGCUGGCCUGAAUCCAGUGGCCACCGGCUACGUCUUUGCAAGAGAUGGCAUGGCGACCAAGACGAAGCUGUGA